GUGCAUGUGUGCUCGUGUCUUUAGGUUGAAUGGAAGAAACAGCGAGAGCGGAGAGGUAUAGCGUUGCUGUGAUACGGCCCUACAUAUUUGCUGACAGGACUAUCUUCCUUUUAAAGACAACCUCCUUACAUUGCUUUUCACUUAGCGAUGUCGCGUAUCUGUGUGGUGAACCUUUAAAGAGAGAGACAGGCAGAAGCCGGCGUUUUAAAUUAUUUGAUUCCUUUUAUCUCUUCGGUAUUUUUUUAAAAUUUGAUUUAAUGCAUUGGCUGAAAGGGACUCAUUUCUGUUUUUUGGUUAAAUGAAUAUUUGAUUUAAUAAUUUUAUUUUUUAUUUUUUUCCCAAGUUUGAAUUAAGAGAAAAGUGGAAUUCAUCUUUAUAUUGGCAAGUGCUUUCUUGAUUCUCUAUUUUUAAAGAUCGUUUGGCUAAGGACGUCCAUAACUUUCAUUCGUAGAAACGAAACUGGCCAUUGGCGACUAAUAUGCUUGGAAGCGGUGGGUGGUGUGCUUGCCCGUCUAAGUCUGACCAGGAGGCCGCUACGUAUGCCUCUACUGCGGUGACGAUGUUGUUUUGGGUCGCCUGCUGGGAUCCGAUCCAUUGUCCCUGGUGGUGACCAAACAGAGGAUCCGCUUCGGGAAAGUCGUAUUCCUGGUCGUAAUGUUGACAUUAUCGUGUGGUGCCUGGACUUCUUCCUGGAGUGGAUUCUAGAUACAGAAUUCCUUUGCCUGCGUGUGUCAUUGUAGCAGAACUUUAUCCCGUGAGCUGUAUCCCUCUAGGGAUUAGACAUUAUGCUGAAUUUCAAGCAGAUGACUCAUGAGACGACAACUUCUAACAAACAUGGCAGUCAGACUCUGCGACGUGGCUUCUCUGCUCAGAAGUGGUUCGUGGGCGGCAGAGCCUUGGACUGGGCAGGUAAUUGCUGCCAUGGAAACCCAGCUGUCCAAUCGGCUCACUUGCAACAACACGAGCAAUGGUCCGUCAACAAUCUCACACAACUGCUCCUCUCCGGUAGAGUCAGGGAGCUUAGAGGACAGUAAAACUAACUUGAUAGUCAACUACUUGCCUCAGAACAUGACCCAAGAAGAGCUCAAGAGUUUGUUUGGGAGCAUCGGGGAAAUCGAGUCCUGUAAAUUAGUCAGAGACAAAAUAACAGGGCAGAGCCUAGGUUAUGGAUUUGUGAAUUACAUGGACCCAAAAGAUGCAGAAAAAGCCAUCAACACCUUAAAUGGCCUGAGACUUCAGACCAAAACCAUUAAGGUUUCCUAUGCUCGUCCUAGCUCAGCCUCCAUUAGAGAUGCAAAUUUGUACGUCAGUGGCUUGCCAAAAACCAUGACUCAGAAAGAACUGGAGCAGCUCUUUUCGCAGUACGGACACAUCAUUACCUCGCGCAUUCUGGUGGACCAGGUGACCGGUGUCUCCAGAGGAGUGGGUUUUAUCAGGUUUGACCGGCGAAUCGAAGCGGAAGAAGCCAUCAAGUGCCUGAAUGGUCAAAAGCCGCCAGGCGCCACAGAGCCCAUCAUGGUGAAGUUUGCCAACAACCCCAGCCAGAAGACCAGCCAGGCACUACUCUCCCAGCUGUACCAGUCGCCCAAUCGAAGGUACCCUGGACCCCUUGCACAGCGCUUCAGGUUGGACAAUCUGUUAAACAUGGCAUACGGAGGAGUCAAGAGCAGGUUCUCCACCAUGGCCAUCGAUGGGGUGACCAGCCUGGCUGGCAUCAACAUCCCGGGGCAUGCGGGCACCAGCUGGUGCAUCUUCGUCUACAAUCUGGCUCCAGAUGCAGACGAGGGCAUCCUGUGGCAGACGUUUGGACCAUUUGGCGCUGUCACAAACGUUAAGGUCAUCCGCGACUUCAACACAAAUAAGUGCAAAGGGUUCGGAUUUGUCACAAUGACUAACUAUGACGAGGCAGCCAUGGCCAUCGCCAGCUUGAACGGAUACCGCCUCGGGGACAGAGUUCUGCAAGUCUCGUUCAAAACCAACAAAACGCACAAAGCCUAAUCUCCAUUUCAGAUUGUUUAUAGAAAAUGGAAAAACAUUCAAUGGAAACCUACUGACCAUAAACUUUCUACAUUAGUAAAAACAUCUAUGUAAAUCAGUGUUACAUAAGGAAACUAUAUUUAGCGUCCAAUGUUUUCUUUUUCUUUCAUCACUAGGCUUAGCAACUUCUUAAAAUGCUUUGCUUUGAACUUUGCGUGUAAUGUAGCAAUUCAAUUCAUGUCUUGAAAGAUAGACCAUUUAAAAUGUUACUAAAGUUUUUUGUUGUUUUGUUGCACAUCUGCUUUGAACCAGUAAGUCUUGUAAGGCUUUGUGUAGUGAUUUCUUUUGUAUCUUUCUGUGUCCUGAUUUGCCUUAGGUGCGUUUGCGACUUAAUUGGUUAACCAAGUAAUUAUUUUGGAUUAUUCAUAGUUUUCCUUAAUUUUUAGUAUUUGUUUAUCGUAAUAUGAGUUGGUUAUUGGUUGGCUGCAUAAUGUUGCUUAUUGUAUGGAAUGUAUGGGAAAAAAAGAAUAACCUAACACAGUAACUUGCCAAAGAGCUAAGAACCUCUCUGAUGCGGGUUUAAAGAGCAUCUAUUUUUAUAGAAAUUCAAAUUUGGAGAAACUUUUUACUGGACCUGGAACAAAUAUUUUGACUUGGAUACUAAGUAGAUAUAUCUUCAUAUGACACCUUGUGAGCUUUUGAACUUUUACCAGAACGUGUAUGAUGUAUGAGAUGUAUGAUGUAAAAGAUACCUUUUGAGAUAUUUGUAAUGUCUUUCGAUUUUAGAAUCAAUGGUAGUGCUGGUUUCAUUUGUAAAAUAUGUGGGUUAUCCUAUCAUCCUGGUUGUGAUGACUAGAAACUCACAUUCAGAUUUGAUUUGGAGACACAGACAGAAAAAUGCAAAGGUUUAUUCGCAAAAGUGCAUGCCAAAUGAUAAAAUGGAAAUAUCUUAAAAAGGUUAAAGGAGGAUAAAUAUCACUUCUUCCUAAAUGAUUCCCUUCAGACAGAGCUCUUGGUGUUUUGUGAGGUACUUACUAUAUCAUUAAAGACUCAUUUUGUCUAUAUAUUAAACAAAUAAGGGUUUUACCUGCUUUGUAUGAAAAGGAGUGGACAAGCCGACAAAGGCAGCAUCUCCAGAAAACUAGUUUGAAUGAAGAAUGGAAAGGAUUUACUCCUGAGUUCACAGCUAUGUAAAUAAGUCAUUUUUUAUGUUGAGUAUUUGGCUAACUUAUUUUGUUUAUUUUAUGGGACUUUAUGGGAAAGUGCUUUUUUAAUUUAUGAGUACGUAUAGUAUGAUUUGUAUUUUGGAUAUUGCCUUUGAUUUCAGUUUGACUCAAAGUUGUUACAUUCAGUUGAAAUAAUUGAUUUGUUGUCCUAUGGACUAGCAUUACAGUGUAAGAUUCAUUGGUGGUUUGGUCUUUAGAUAGUCUUGCUUCUUCUAUUUAGAAAACUACAGACAUUUCAGUUGGUUUGUUUUUAUAUAUAUUUAUAUAUACAGUAUAUUAAAGAAUGGAUAUAAACCACAGUUUUGAACAAUUUGAUUACCUUUUACCACAUUCAUUUAUACUGUACGUAAUGCAUAUAACCUCUCUUAAAAAUCGUAAAAGGUGUAUAUUGCUUUAUUCACUUUGGGGAAGGACAAUGAAGCAGUUCCAUGACCAGAGUAAAAAGCGUUGCAAGAGAUUGCUGAACGUCUUGCUUAUCUCGAACAAACAGACGCUGGUCAAGCCUUAGAUGCACUGAAUACUGCACCUGCAUCCUGCUUUGUAUUUAACUAAUUAUUAGUCAUGCGUCCCCUUAAAACAAGCAGUGUGUGCAUUAUAUAUUUAUCUUUGCAACUGUUUUUCUUUCUGGUUUGACUUGUAUCUGUUUUGGGUUACUUACUUGUAAAAGUUAAACUUUGAUUAUAGAUUAGCUGUGACACAACUGCUGCAGUGGGGGAGGGGCCUCUCACUGGUCUUGAUUGAGGGUAACUGUUAACGAACCCGAGGGGGGGGGGGGG